UGGGGGAGCAAAUAGUGAUAGGAUCAAUUGCCUUUUCGGGAGGGUCACCCGUAACUACCAACUACUUACUAACACUGCCGUCCUGUCUCAACUUGCUUCCGAUAUUCGAGCUUGCAUAUCGACCCACCCGCCAAAUCUCGUAUCGCCGAAAUACGUCAGUGCCGUCUUCAAAGGAACUGCCAAGUGACAUUCUGUGGGGCUUGCGAUGGCUUAUCAUGCCAGAAAUCACUACAUACCUACAACUUUGUCUUGAAUCAGACGAGAGCACAUGUCAGACACACGAGCAAAGCACUUGGGCUGAGAUGUCUCUGCACCCCCUCAACGAUGAGGAUGGGCGCUGUUUUCGCCACAAGUGCGGCGCUUGAUCUACAGCUUACCAGAAGAGCAGAACGGACCAAGAUGAAAGGAGUAGCGCGCUUAGCAUGCCAUUCACUUUCCUGGCGUCAUAUGGAUGUCAAACCCCGGUUACUGAGACACCGCCUCGAGAUAUAAAGGCCGAUUACCCCGAGAGCGCGUCCUCACCUCCUUACCAUGUUUCUCUCCUCCCAUUUUCUUGCCAUACUCCCUGCUCUAUGCACGGUCGCGACUGGAGUCUCCGCGGCCUUGUCGCCAAGUAACAGGAUGACCGCGCGGGACAAUACAACGACCGCGGGGUUGACAGGCGACUCUGCAUGCACAACUAAUAUGUGCAUUUCUGCUGUACUCAAUGGAUCUACAACCCAAUACACGCUAGCGAGCACGGGAAAGCAGAGCGUAGGAUGGAUGGCAAUGUUGGUUACUCUGUCCUCCUGUUUCACGAGUCUCAUCCCUGGCAGCGGUUUUGGCACAGUCAUGGCUGGAUCACCGAUGGUCAUAAUGUGGCCGAACUCGAACGGUUCGGUUACGAUCUCCCAGCGGUCUGCGCCGACCGAACAGAUGCCCACCCUCGUUGCUAAUCCCGCCCGCGUCGCAACGCUGGACACAGCACUGAGCACGACUUCCGGGAAUCCACAAUUCGUCUUCACAAUUCCCUCCGACAGCUCGACUGCGCAAAACCUAAUCUUCGGUUUUUGUGAUACAAAUCCAGGAACUGCUGAUCCGUCGGCGACUCUCCAGAUGCACAUCGAAAACGGCAAUUUGAACCUCGAUCUCAGCAAGGCACUCAACUCUAGCUCGGGAUCCUCAACAUCGAGCUCGUCGACGCAAACUUCUGGGAGCAGCAUGCUAUCCUCGACCCAACGGAUGAUCAUUGCGCACGCCAUUGUAAGCGUGAUCGCAUUUGCUCUGCUGCUACCCUCCGGUAUUCUUCUCGCACGUUAUCUGCGCACGUUCACUCCGACGUGGUACACUGGGCACUGGAUUGCGCAGCUCGGACUCGCUGGACCUGCGGUGAUCGUCGGCAUCUCCCUGGGAUUCGCUGCAGCCGGGCCAAUCAGGUCCAAGAUACUGGAUCAGCACAAGGUAUUCUCUCGUUGUCCAAUUAUCACUGCUGCCGAUAACAUCCGCGAUUUACAGACAACCGGCAUCGUCCUUCUCGUGCUCUACCUCCUUCAGGUCGCUCUUGGCGCUGUGAUACAUUUCGUAAAACCGAAAAACUCUACCCGCCGGCCCAUCCAGAACUAUUUCCACGCUCUCCUGGGACUCACUAUCAUCGGUCUGGGGCUGUACCAGAUUCACGACGGGUACAGCAGGCAGUGGACAUAUUAUUCAGGUCUCGGGCUCGUGGCUUCCGGCGUUAACAAGUUGUGGAUCGUGUGGUCCACUCUCAUUCCAGUGCUGUACGUUCUCGGACUUCUGCUCUUCCUCAGGAAGCAGUAUCGGCAGGAAGCUGCUGCUCGUAACGAGAAGUCGAUGGUCGAUUCCGAACAUUAAUGUUGACUAAUUAGAGAAUAAAUAUUGUGAUGUGUUGGAUAAUUGCGUGAUCGCAUCGUCCGAGGGCUGAAACUUAUGGAAACCUCCCGAGCGCUGGCCUAUCGGCGACUAGGAGGACCAUACCCGACGGAUGCAUAUCC